UUUCAUUUUUGCCGAAGUUGAUAUGCAAAUUGAUCACAAGAAAAUGACAAAGAAAAGUUGACGAGGAGACUGCAGAAAGAGGAAAAUUCUAAUUCGGAGGCUAACCGUUGUUUAAAAGGCAGCACAAUCAAGCAGAAAUUCAUCUUUACAAUUAUCACAUUUCCACUUUCACUAUUCAAUUUUUCUGCUAAAGGAUUGUAAGGGAGAAAAUGAAUUGGAUUCAACGCAAAAUCUAUCUCUACAAUGUCACUUUUGGUCUUUACAUGCUCGACUGGUGGGAACGUUGCCUCUUCAAUAUUUUGGUGCUUGUGUUGUUGUGGUUUAUGUGUUACAAUGGGUUUCGUUAUGCUUCCGAGCUUUUCAACAGGUAUGUGUUUCAUCCUAUGUUACAAUCUGAAAAAGAAGUGCAGUUUUAUCCUAUGUUUCAAUCUAAAAAAAAGUACAGUUUUAGCCUAAAUUUUUGCAGUUAAUUUAGUUUUUCAGCU